AAAGUGCGAUUUGGGCAAAACUUGAAAUUUUCAGAGUGGCAUUGAAUAGACCCUCCUCUUUUACAACUUACAGCAGCAUCAUGUCUCUCGUUGUGCCCGAACGAAACCAAUUCCAACACAUUAUUCGUCUUCUCAACACCAACGUCGACGGUAAGGACAAGAUCACCAUUGCUUUGACCUCUGUCAAGGGUGUGGGUCGUCGUUUCGCUAACGUUGCUUGCAAGAAGGCUGAUGUCGAUUUGAACAAGCGUGCCGGUGAAUUGACCAACGAAGAAUUGGAACGUAUUGUCACCAUCUUGCAAAACCCUGCUCAAUACAAGAUCCCUAACUGGUUCCUCAACAGACAAAAGGAUAUCAUUGAUGGCAAGUACUCUCAAGUUAUUUCUAACGUAUUGGAUACCAAGAUGCGUGAAGAUUUGGAACGUAUGAAGAAGAUUCGUGUCCACCGUGGUCUUCGUCACUACUGGGGUCUCCGUGUCCGUGGUCAACACACCAAGACUACUGGUCGUCGUGGUAGAACCGUCGGUGUGUCCAAGAAGAAAUAAACUCGCUGAUUGGAUUGUUGUCUUUGCUUUACAAUUGUGGAUAUGAAAAUGUUUGAAUUUGUUGUUUGAAUAAAAUUAUUAUAUUAAACUAUGA